CCGAAGCGCCUCCGAGGACUUCAUUUCUCUAAACCAUGAUACGUCGUACUGAACUGCAUUGCCGAUUGGUGAUCGGACUCCUCGAUCGAAACACCGCCUUCCGAUCUUUCACCAGCGUCGACCUUUCCAACGUAGAUCCUUCCUCCCCACUCCUCCAGUACUACACCGUCACACCCCCGAUUAAACCCUGGCCCCAAAAUCUCCAUCCCAAACGCCUCGUCUCCAUGAUCAACCGCCAACAAAACCUCGAUCUUGCCCUCCAAAUCUUCCUUUACGCCGGAAAAUUCCACCCCAACUUUUUCCAUAAUUACAACACCUACCAAUCCAUCAUCCAAAAGCUCUCCCGCGCCCGCGCCUUCGAACCCAUGGAAUCCCUCAUCUCUCAGCUCCAAAAUUCCCAAAUUAAAUGCGGCGAAGAACUUUUUAUCACGGUGAUCCGGAAUUACGGCCUCGCUUCCCUCCCAAAGCUGGCAGUCAAAACCUUUUUGCGUAUCGAAAAUUUCAACGUCCAGCGAUCAGUUCGAUCCUUGAACACUUUGUUAAACGUCUUGGUUCAAAACAAACGGUACGAUUUGGUUCACUUUAUGUUCAAAAACAGCAAAACGAAAUUCGACGUUAUACCGAAUGUUUUUACUGCCAAUAUUUUGAUCAAAGCACUUUGUCAGAAAAACGAUGUAGAAGCCGCAUGUAAAGUGCUCGAUGAAAUGCCUGAGAUGGGGAUGGUGCCCAAUUUGGUUACUUAUACCACAAUUCUCGGCGGAUAUUUGGCGAGGGGAGAUAUGCGAAACGGGAAGAGGGUUUUCAUGGAGUUAUUGGAUAGAGGGUGGAUUCCUGAUGCAACGACAUAUACUGUCUUAAUGGAUGGGUAUUGCAAAUUAGGGAAGUUCAAUGAAGCUGUUAAAGUGAUGGAUGAAAUGGAGGAAAAUGGUGUUGACCCAAAUGAGGUUACUUAUGGAGUUAUGAUUCAGGCCUUCUGUAAGGAGAAGAAAUCCGGAGAAGCACUUAACUUGUUUAACGAUAUGCUUCAGAAGAAGUAUAUCCCAAGCUCUUCACUUUCUUGUAAAGUAAUUGAUCUGUUGUGUGAAGAAGGCAAGGUGGAGGAAGGUUGUUACUUGUGGAAGAAGAUGUUGAAGAACGAUUGUUUGCCGGAUAAUGCAAUACUGAGUACGUUGAUUCAUUGGCUCUGUAAGGAAGGGAAGGUUUGGGAGGCUAGGAAAAUAUUUGAUGAGUUCGAGAAAGGUUCGGUUCCGAGUUUAUUGACCUAUAAUACUUUGAUUAAUGGUAUGUGUGAGAAGGGAGAAUUGAGUGAGGCAGGGAAGUUGUGGGAUGAUAUGGUGGAAAAAGGGUGUAAUCCAAAUGUGUUCACCUAUAAUAUAUUGAUUACAGGGUUUUGUAAGAUCGGAAAUACAAUGGAGGGGGUUAGAAUUCUGGAGGAAAUGCUGGAUAAAGGCUGCUUGCCAAAUAAGGCAACUUACAAUAUAUUGAUUGAGGGGCUUCAGGACAUGGGAAAGGAGGGUGAAGUUGGGAAGGUUGUUUCGAUUGCUAUGUCUAGUGGAGGAGUUGAUCCGAGUUCUUGGGAUCUAUUUUUAACCAAGAUUGUUGGCAAACUGGAUGAUGGGGUUGAUUUUCUUGAUCAGUUGCUGUUGGAAAGUGCUAACUGAGUGACCAACCAUUAUCUUUGUAUGAAUCUCAGAUAUUUAACGUUCUUUCCGGAGGUUCCCUUAGCCAAUUCAUGAGACCUUCUCCUAGAAAGUACCGGUUCAAAGGACGAAAGUCUUUUUUAGGAUUGUAGGCUGAGUUGUAAUAGAACAAGAUGUCUUAAGUAGGAAUACAAAUUUUGGCAGAUGAAUUAUUUUGAG